AUGGGCGCAGCGGGAAAUCGAACUGGUCAAUGGUCACAAUCAAGCAAUGGACAGAUUGCGAAACCAGUGGCCACAACUACCCAUUGCUGGAAACGCCGCUGUUCAGCCAGUUCAGCUCAACCGGUUGCACAACUAGCUUUACUAGGUGCACAGCCAGCUUUACCAGUUGGACAACCGGCUCAACCAGCUGCACAACCAGUUCCACCAGUUGCACAACCAGUUGCACAACCAGCUUUACCAGUUGCAGAGCCAGCUCAACCAGCUGCACAACCAGUUCCACCAGUUGCACAACUAGCUUUGCCAGGUGCACAGCCAGCUUUACCAGUUAGACAACCGGCUCAACUAGCUGCACAACCAGUUCCACCAGUUGAACAACCAGCUUUACCAGCUGCACAACCAGUUCCACCAGUUGCACAACUAGCUUUACCAGGUGCACAGCCAGCUUUACCAGUUAGACAACCGGCUCAACCAGCUGCACAACCAGCUUUACCAGUUGCACAACCAGCUUUACCAGUUGCAGAGCCAGCUCAACCAGCUGCACAACCAGUUCCACCAGUUGCACAACUAGCUUUACCAGGUGCACAGCCAGCUUUACCAGUUAGACAACCGGCUCAACCAGCUGCACAACCAGUUUCACCAGUUGCACAACUAGCUUUACCAGGUGCACAGCUAGCUUUACCAGUUAGACAACCGGCUCAACCAGCUGCACAACCAGUUCCACCAGUUGCACAACCAGCUUUACCAGUUGCACAGCCAGCUCAACCAGCUGCACAACCAGUUCCACCAGUUGCACAACUAGCUUUGCCAGGUGCACAGCCAGAUUUACCAGUUAGACAACCGGCUCAACCAGCUGCACAACCAGUUCCACCAGUUGAACAACCAGCUUUACCAGCUGCACAACCAGUUCCACCAGUUGCACAACUAGCUUUACCAGGUGCACAGCCAGCUUUACCAGUUAGACAACCGGCUCAACCAGCUGCACAACCAGUUCCACCAGUUGCACAACCAGUUGCACAACCAGCUUUACCAGUUGCAGAGCCAGCUCAACCAGCUGCACAACCAGUUCCACCAGUUGCACAACUAGCUUUGCCAGGUGCACAGCCAGCUUUACCAGUUAGACAACCGGCUCAACCAGCUGCACAACCAGUUCCACCAGUUGAACAACCAGCUUUACCAGCUGCACAACCAGUUCCACCAGUUGCACAACUAGCUUUACCAGGUGCACAGCCAGCUUUACCAGUUAGACAACCGGCUCAACCAGCUGCACAACCAGCUUUACCAGUUGCACAACCAGCUUUACCAGUUGCAGAGCCAGCUCAACCAGCUGCACAACCAGUUCCACCAGUUGCACAACUAGCUUUACCAGGUGCACAGCCAGCUUUACCAGUUAGACAACCGGCUCAACCAGCUGCACAACCAGUUUCACCAGUUGCACAACUAGCUUUACCAGGUGCACAGCUAGCUUUACCAGUUAGACAACCGGCUCAACCAGCUGCACAACCAGUUCCACCAGUUGCACAACCAGCUUUACCAGUUGCACAGCCAGCUCAACCAGCUGCACAACCAGUUCCACCAGUUGCACAACUAGCUUUGCCAGGUGCACAGCCAGAUUUACCAGUUAGACAACCGGCUCAACCAGCUGCACAACCAGUUCCACCAGUUGAACAACCAGCUUUACCAGCUGCACAACCAGUUCCACCAGUUGCACAACUAGCUUUACCAGGUGCACAGCCAGCUUUACCAGUUAGACAACCGGCUCAACCAGCUGCACAACCAGUUCCACCAGUUGCACAACCAGCUUUACCAGGUGCACAGCCAGCUUUACCAGUUGGACAACUGGCUCACCCAGCUGCACAACCAGUUCCACCAGUUGCACGACAAGAUCUGCCUGCUGUGGAGGUUAUAGGCCAUCCAUUAUCGAUUUGUAACGAUCGACGUCGCAACGAAAAUUAUAACAAUGACAAUAAUGGUAUUUUGAGUUAUAUUUAUUUAUUUAUUUCAGUUUUUUUGCUGUAUUAG